AUGGGCACCAUCGAUGUCAUUCGCGUCCCUUUGGAAGUUGGUGUUCGAUUCGUUGCCAAACUUCUACUCCGCGAAGAAGCGGCAUUCCCUCAAUCAGUUUUGGGAGAGCCUCCCAUUUGCGAAGAGUCAACUCAUCCAUUUGUGAAGUGUGAGGAAGAAGCGGUAGCUUGGGGAGAAAAACGAUUGGCACUUGCACAGAAACACGGAAAGAUAUCGCCCUCCUCGACAGUGGCUGAAGUGAAAGAGGUAGUGUUGAUCCGUAAACAACUCGCCGAAAACUUGGAAUACUAUGACGACCCACCUUCUUUCAAAAUGGGCCGCUGGAUCUGA